AUGAAGCCCGUCCUUAUCGCGGCCCUCGCCGCGGCGGCGUCUGCAUUCCCGAACCUGGCCUUGCGUCGCAGCGAGCAGCAGCAAUGUCCUUCUGUCGGUACCGUCACCACGACAGCCACGCUCACUCCGCAGGCGCAGACUAUCACUGUCACUGACGUCCGCACUUCAAUCAUUACCACCGUAUCCACAUUAACAAUCCAUCUCGUUCCCGCCACGCAAACCGUCACUCUUUCCGCCGUUCCCGUCACUGUGACGCUUCCUGCGCAGUCGCUCGUGCAAUCGCUCUCCCUCUCUGUCUCCGCACCCGCGCAGACCCUGACGUUCACCGUUCCCGGCGAGCCCCGCGUCGUCACUAUCCCAGGCGAGGUGUUGCCCGCGGAGACUAUCACGCGGACUGUCACGCUGGGCCAGGCACAGGGCACUGGUGCUGCCGUUGCGCCGCCUGCUGCUGCUGUCUCUUCUUCCGCCGUUGCCGCGGUGUCCGCGCCUGUAAUCGUCGGCUCUAGCUCUGGCUCUGGCUCUGGCUCCAACUCUGGUCCAGUGCAGAACCCCAUCCCGUCUGUUGCCACGAUCCCCGGCGCGCCAUCCAUCGUCACAGUCUAUGGCUCCCCGGCUGUCGUCACGGUUCCCGGCAGCACGAGCCUGACGACCGUCACUUUGGCAACGGGCACUGCGGUCCACAGCGUCGAGGUCCCGGCAUCUGUUGUCACCAUCUCCGCCGCGCCAGUUGUUGUCACAGUCACAGGUAGCGCAAGCGUGGUCAGCGUGCCCGGCUCUACGGCUGUGGUUACGCUGCCUGGAUCCACGGAGGUGCGGACGGUGCCGGGCUCGACGGAGGUCAGGACCGUGACGUUGCAGGGCACUACGGUUGUUAGCACGGUUGUGGCUGCUACGUCUGUCGUCACUGUUACGGCGGCGCCGUCCGUCGUUACGGUCACUGCUGCGCCGUCGGUUGUUACGGUUUCGGGCGCCGCGGUGUCUUCUGCUGUUGUUGUUUCUGGGGCUACUUACACGACUACUGUCGUCGAGUCGGGCUCUACAAUCAUCAGCACGGUUACUGCCCCUGCCUCUACUGUGACGGCCACUGGCGCGCCGUCUUUCGUCACUAUUCCCGGUACCACUUACACGACCACGGUUGUGGGAGCUGGCACUACAAGCAUCAGCACUGUUGAGGUUCCUGCUUCUACUAUUACUGUUUCCGGAGCCGAGGAAGUUGUCACUGCCACUGCCACUUCGGGGGCCUUGACUUCUGUUGUCGCCAUCCCUGGCACUACCUCCUUGACCACCGUCACGCAGCAGUUUACUACGCUUGUCAGCACCGUCCGUGUUCCUGCUUCUAUUGUCACAAUCUCUGCUCCCGAAGAAAGUGUCACGGCCACUGCAGAGGCCUCGUCUUCUGUUGUCACUGUCCCUGGCACUACGUUCUUGACCACCGUUACGGAGUCGUCCACCACGUUUGUUAGCACUGUCCGUGUUCCAGCUUCAACUGUUACAGUCUCUGCUCCCGGAGAGAUUGUUACUACUACUGCCGAGGUCUCACCUUCUACUGUUGUUGUCCCUGGCACUACCUCCUUGACCACUGUCACGCAGUCAUUUACCACCCUUGUCAGCACAAUCAGUGUUCCUGCUUCUACAUUUACUGUCUUUGGAUCAGCCUCGGCUACAGCGAUUACUCUCCCCUCCACUACGCUUACCACUAUUACUGAGGGCUCCAUUUCGACCGCCACUUCCUCGGAUUCUACCUCGCUUUCUACGACUCCUGUGGCUACGGAAACUACGGCCUCCGCGCCCUCAUUCUCUGUGGUUGUCAUUCCUGCUUCCACAUCUACGAUUUACGGAACCAUGCGUGACGUUGUGCUUACCGUCACAACCGUCUUUCCCGCUUCAACCAUCACUGUUUAUGCCACGCCGUCAAGCAGUGCCAUCGCUACGGAUAUUUCGGAUACUACUUCCACAGAUUCUACCACCGCUUCCAUAGAUUCUACCGCCGCUUCCACGGAUUCUACCUCAUUCUCUACAACUCCUGUAGUCACGGGAACGACGACCUCCGCACCCUCGUUCUCUGUCAUUACUAUUCCUGCUUCCUCGUUUCCGACACAAAUUACCGUGGCUGGGCGUCCGAUUUUCACCCUGACCUAUGUUCCUGCCUCAACUAUUACAGUCUACGACACCGCGUCGAGCAGUGCUUCUGCUUCCGCUUCUGCUUCCACGACGGAGACUGCUGCCGACAGCACUGGGCCUCUCACCACUGCGGCAUCCGCCACCGAGACCUCUGCCACGGAGACUUCUGCAACUGAGACUACUGCCGCCGAGACUUCUGCCGCCGAAACUUCUGCGACUGAGACGGCAUCCCCUACCGCCGAGGCUACCACGACAGAUGUUCCUACUACCACCUCUGUCGCAGGUCCCGCUGGUACCCUCAUCGUGAACGGAGACUUCGAAGAUGCUGUCGUUGCUCCGUGGUCUGUUACCGCGCAAUAUUCUUCCCUUGAUUACAACAGUCAUUCCGGCACUUACAGCCUUGCAAUAAGUUGGGACGCGUAUAGUGGUCCGUCGGCUGCAACCAAACAAGUUAUCAACAUUACUCCUGGCGCGCAGUACACGUUCAGCAUGUGGAUCCAGUUGGAAGAUGCAGGUGUUACUUCGUGCAAUCUCCAAGCCGGUCUUCAGUCUUUGUCGUCCUCGCUUAUCUCUCAACCGCAACUCACGGGCAGCUUUGAGUGGCAGCAGUUUACGUCGGAGCCUUUCACUGCCACCGACGCGUCAGAUAUACUCACUAUCACCACCACCUGUGGAUUUUUGAUGACUUCGGGCUACACCGAUGGCUUAUACCGCCUGGAUGACCUUGUUAUUACUUGCGUCAGCGGCUGCACUGCAACUGAGACUUCGACAGAUGCUGCUACGUCUGCUACCCCGACUGGUGUCGCUGAAGCUACUACCUCGACUGAAGCUACAUCGACUGAAGCUACAUCCACUGAUUCUACAUCCACUGAUGCUACUCCAUCGGCUACCUCAACAGAGACUUUCGCUUCCGCCACCGCCACUCCCAGCUCCGUCAACGUUAUCCAAAAUGGUGAUUUCGAGACCUUUAGUUUCGAUAAUUGGGUAGUCCAGGGAGCUCCUGACUAUUAUCUCAUCGGCGGCAGGACCGCUGUGGUGCACACCGGCUCCAAUUCCCUCAGUGUCAGCUGGUAUAACAGACCAGGCCCUAAUGACGUCCUGAUUAAACAAGCCGUGACGUUCACACCCGGAACGCAGUACUCGAUCGACUUAUGGAUCAAUCGCGCUGAGCCGCAAGAUGCCAUAACCGACUGCAGGGUCUAUGCCUAUCUGCAGUCGGCGAUGGAGAAUAACCUUAUCGACAAUUUCGAUGUCACAAGUCCGUAUGAUUGGAUGCAGGUUGCGUCGGGCCCGUUCGUUGCUAACGUGGCUCAUGACACGCUUAUACUUGAUGUCUCGUGCUCCCUGACAAUGGGAGUACUUGAUGGCGAUUACGGUACUUUCUACCUUGACGAUAUUUCUGUCAAUUCUAUUCCAGAACAGGGCGGCACCUAG